AUGGAAUCAUUCCAGCAGUUUGAAAAGCAGAUCGCCCAAGAGACUUAUCCCGGUUUAACACGCGAAAAUGUCGCAGACUUGGUUUUCCCCAACUUGACCUCGCUUUGGCUGUCGCAAGAGCCUGAGGACCAGGCGAGCCUCAAGCGACUCAAACAGGUUUGGGACAUGUUCGCCUCAUGCUGGAGCCCUCAAGACAAGAUGCAAAUCUAUCGUCUCCUCCCUGAGGUGCGAACUAACUCUACAAAUCGAAAGGUCCCUAGCAAACACAAACUCUACAAACACGACAUAACCUUCGGGCUCUGGGUUGUCCUCCGUUGUAUAUAUCCUGAUCAGAAACUUUCAACUCUCAGACUUUCUCUCAUGGAAAAGUAUCCAGGUAUAGAUCUCAGUGCCUUCACUGGUCCUGUUCCCAGGGUUUCCUGCAUGGUUCCCGAGGACAUCGUCAGGAAACGUGAGCCCAAACCUGUGACUCCUUUCUUUGAGACGAAAUGGCUUGAAGAAGAUGAUAAGAUCAACCCUAGCGACUUAUCCGUCAAAGAGGAGGACUACAACUCCGACGAUACUGUAAUUCAUACCCCGAAAUUUGAGCCUCACAAGGACCAGCCGCGCUCCACUAAACCUGACAAGCCCUCCGCCCAACGAUUGAAGGAGGUCGAGUCGAAAAUGCGAGGCAUGGUUCUUGGAGAACCUCACAAUGCUUCUUACAGCAAGUUUCUGAAGUCAAAGUCCAGCAAAGCGCCAGUAGAUGCAUCUAAUUAUGGCCCCGACAUCACAAGGCUAUGCAUCAGUCCUAUGACCGUCCACGAAGCAGACGUUGAAUCCUCGGCUAGCGACGAUUCUUCUCCUGAGGACGACUCUACCCAUACUGCACUUUCUGAAAAGCGGUUCCUCGAGUUGAAGAAUCUCAUUACCAAUGUUACGACUAAAUCGAAACGAGAUGUUUCUAAUGAAAUGCGAAAGAUGCAUACCGAGACGACGAAGCAGAUUCAGAACAUGCACACUGAGAUGAUUGACCAGUUCAAGAAGAAUCGAAAGACGUUGGUUGAUGUUGGUAAACAAGUUGCUGAGAUACGAGCACACAUCGAGCUUGCGCGUAUGGAUCGGAAGGAUCUGGACGAACUUGAGGCCAGAGCCAUCAAUCUUGAGGAGUUCAUCUUGUCACUUUGA